AUGGAGUUGCGUUUAAGCUUAGGAGAUUCAUCAAAACCUGUUGAAUUCUUGACUCAGAACAGUGCCUCCGAACAGCAAAAUCCCAUCAAGAAAAAUGGUUUCAAUUUCUGCAUGGAGUUGGGUCUGAACACAAAUGGUGGAAAUCAAGAAAAUAAAUCACAUGAAAGAGAUGGUGGUGAUGAUGAUACUUCAGAAGAUACGAGGGAGGAUUUCAUGGAAAAUACUCCGAUUCAGCUUGAUCUUCUUCCUCGCGCUCCUGUCCCUCGUCGAACUCCGUCUCACCUUCAACCCCUUCCAUGGUCUUCUGAUAACGGGAGUUCAGAGAAUGGUUCAAUAUCGGGCAACGUUGGGCUGCUAGCAGCGGCGAGGGGGUUGGAGGUCAACAGGCCGCCGGCGGAGGAGGUUUCGUCUGCAAACAGUGUGGGCUCACCCUUUCAGAUGGAUUUUGGCAUGUAUACAAAUACAAAUACCGGAAAUGAAAACCUCGGAGGAAACGACGUCGUAGAGACCGAAAGAGUAUUAUCCUCUAGGGCCAGUGAUGAUGAUGAAAAUGGCUUUAACACAAGAAAGAAGCUCAGAUUAUCUAAAGAACAGUCUGCUUUUCUUGAAGAAAGCUUCAAAGAACACAGCACCCUUAAUCCUAAACAAAAGCUUGCACUCGCAAACCAGCUCAAUCUUAGGCCUAGACAAGUUGAAGUCUGGUUUCAAAACAGAAGAGCAAGAACAAAGUUGAAGCAAACAGAAGUUGAUUGUGAGUAUUUGAAGAGGUGUUGUGAGACAUUAACUGAAGAAAACAGAAGGCUACACAAAGAGUUGCAAGAAUUGAGGGCUCUCAAGACUUCAAAUCCAUUCUGUACUCAACUCCCAGCCACCACACUCACCAUGUGCCCCUCAUGUGAACGUGUAGCCACCACUUCCGCCGCGGCCACAAAUGCUAGAACCACCACUAUUGACUCCACAACAAAACCCAUAAAUCCAUUUCCUUUGUCUAGACCAAGGUUUUACCCUUUCUCCCAAGCACCACCGCCUGCCCCCCACCACCACCACCAGUCUGCAGCGUCAUAA